AUGUCGCUUCCCCCCUUCGCUGCUUCGCUGCUCUUCAUUGUCACCAACGCUCGCACCCGCAUCUCUCUUCCCUACACCUGCGCUGGAGGAGGCGGCUUACUCAACCGCAUGUUCGGUUCCGGAAAGGAAGACGAAGUUGCUCCCGCAGACGGUCCGACAGCUGGCGACAACACAAAGCCCGCCGCAGCGACUGCCCCACCUACAACUUCAAUGCCCGCCGACGACGCCUCUCUAAGCAGCGCGAAGCUGUCCGGCAACGGGGCUGCUUCAACCGACAGAAAGGGCAGUGAUGUCGGGUCCACGCCCACCGCAGAGAAGAAGCGGCGGAGUUCUGGUGUGAGUCGCGCGCGGGAUAUGUUUUCAAGCGCAAAGAAUUCACUCCACCUAAGCGGCUCUCCCCCAACGUCCAAAUCAGUCGCAUCGGAGAAGGCAGAGAAGAGCAGUCCGCAAACACCCAUACAAAAGCUGGGCAAGACUGAUGCGGCAUUAAGUGUUCCCCAGGGCUCGCUCAACAACUCGGCCGGCGAGUCUGCGCCAGGCCCACGGUCUACUUUCCGCGUCGGUGUCACUGAGGACAAGAAUAAAAAAUGCAGGCGUACUAUGGAGGACACACAUGCAUACCUGUACAACUUUCUCAGCACACCCGCACCGUCCUAUGGCCAGGAGCCGCGCGGUUCCACGUCCGACGCAGGCUCAAUUCAGACAGACGUGUCAUUGCAACAGGUCGUUGAGACCGACAAUGGAUAUUUUGCCAUUUUCGACGGCCACGCUGGUACUUUUGCCGCUGACUGGUGCGGAAAGAAGCUGCAUUUGAUCCUCGAGGAGACGAUAAGGAAGAACCCGAACACGCCCAUCCCAGAGUUACUGGACCAGACUUUCACGGUUGUCGACCAGCAGCUUGAGAAAUUGCCCCUUAAGAAUAGCGGAUGCACUGCAGUCAUCGCCGUGUUGAGGUGGGAGGACAGGAUACCCAAUGCGCAAUCGUCGACCGGCUCGGUACUGUUCGCUCCAGCCGCUGUCUCUGCUAUUAAGAAUGCGGAAGGUGGCGAGGAUGCCCCAGUCUCGGACCCUGCGAGCGAGCAGGCUGUGGAGACAAAACUACGCAGUGAGGCCAGUCGCCAGAGGGUACUCUACACAGCAAACGUGGGCGAUGCGCGCAUUGUCCUCUGCCGUAACGGCCGCGCGCUUCGACUUUCGUACGAUCACAAAGGCAGUGACGAGAAUGAAGGGCGUCGCGUAGCAAACGCUGGAGGUUUGAUACUCAACAACCGCGUCAAUGGUGUACUUGCUGUCACUCGAGCACUUGGUGAUGCGUACAUGAAGGACUUGGUGACUGGCCACCCCUACACUACCGAGACUGUGAUACAGGCGGAUCAGGACGAAUUUAUGAUUCUUGCCUGUGACGGACUUGUUGAAUAUGCCCUUGCGCGUUUUUCGACCGACAAUCUGUCUUGUAUGGUUGUCCGUUUUGACAACAAGGCGCUCCGACAGCGCAAGAACGAGGCGACCAUUGGUGUUGAUGGGGACCAGGCGUCAACGAAGGGUGGAGUUACGGAAGCAGACGCCAUUGUUGCGCAAGCAAGGAGGUCAAUGGACGAGGCCAGCCAGUCGACGGAGAGUGCCGCGAAGGAAAUAAUCAUGGAAGAGUCGGAGGCGGAACCAGGUCCUGAGCUCAACCUUGAGGCAGCCAAGGCAGCACAAAAGAACAAGGUGUAA